AUGGCCAGAUUUCUCUCUUUGACCUCACAAUCACAUCCCCCUAAACCUUCUUUAAACCCUUUUAAUGGCCUUACCAGCACUAAAUCAUGGUUUCGAUUCUUCGGUAGUGGAUUCGCCAUCAGGAUCCCGCCUGAUUUUGAGGAUAUUAUGGAGCCAGAGGACUAUAAUGCUGGUUUAUCUCUAUAUGGAGAUAAAGCUAAACCAAAGACAUUCGCAGCACGGUUUGCUACACCUGAUGGAUCCGAAGUUAUAAGUGUUGUCAUCCGCCCUUCUAAUCAACUCAAGAUCACAUUUUUAGAGGCCAAAGAUGUUUCUGAUUUUGGGACCUUGAAGGAAGCAAAAAAGAUUUUUGUUCCAGGCGGGACAAGUUUAUAUUCAGCACGUGCCAUAAAAAUAAAGGAAGAUGAAGGUUACAGGACAUAUUAUUUCUAUGAAUUUGGGAAUGAUGAUCAGCGGGUUGCGUUAGUAGCCGCAGUCAAUAGUGGAAAAACAAUUAUUGCUGCAGCAACUGCACCACAGUCAAAAUGGGUGGAUGAUGGCGUGAAGCUUCGUUCAGCUGCUGUUUCAUUAACGGCUUUAUGACAAAAUGAAGAUUUGUUGAGGAUGUUUAUGAGAGAGAGUGUA